AUGGAGUCUACCAGUCUUCCCGCAGCUCCAGCAGGCAAUGAGUACUAUGAAGUCCGGGCGAUUCCUGGCAAAGGCUACGGUUGCUUUGCACUGAAACCCAUCGCGCGCGGUACCCGAAUCCUAGUGGAGGAUCCACUGUUGAUAGUCCCUAUCGCCGACUACAUGCUAUGCGACAUCGAGAAGGCCUUCGAAGAGCUGACGCCUGAACAAAAGAAGCUAUAUUUCACUCUGCAUUCCGGUCAUGGUCAAGAUCCGAAACAGUGGCCAUCCCAUAUCCAUGAAUCAGUACAGCCCAAGGAGCGUCAGCGAAUCGAGGAGCAGCAUGCAGCGAGAAUUGGCAAGGAACCUACUCUGAUCAGCGUCUUCCAGAUAAACUGCAUGGAGAUGAACGCGGGUGCGGCAAUCUUUCCGUACGCCGCGCGAUUCAACCAUGCUUGCAACCCAAACGCAUGUUUUAGCUGGAACGAAAAGAUUGGAAAAGAGACGAUUCACAUCAUCAAAGACGUGGCUACCGACGAAGAGAUUACCCUAUCUUACUGCGACAUGCUGCAUGACAAGGCGUUGCGUUCGUACGACUGCAAGCACUACGGCUUCGUUUGCGACUGCCCAGCAUGUGGUAAAGACGAGGAUGAGUCGACCUUCGCCUAUCAGAGUGCCGAGAGACGCUACAGGCUCCAGGAGCUGGAGAGGGCGACCCGAUUCCUUCGCGGCGUUAACUUGUCCGAGGGGGCCAAGCAGGAUGACUUUGUCCAGAAGCUGCUCGAGAUGGCGGCUCUUCACACGUUCGAGGGUGACUAUACUGCCAGGUUGGCCGCAGUAUUUCUUGAUAUCGCGCUAGUCUGCGAGCACAGGGGCGACUUUAAGAUGGCUGAGGUGGCGGGUGUCAGGGCUUUGCAGGUCAAGAAAGACUGCCAAGGCACUGACUUUCCUAACUACACCAAGUACGCAGAUUCGCUUCAUCGCAUCAAAACGAAGCUGGCCAUGGUGGAGGCGCAGAGGGGUGCAUAG